GCUCACCUCAGUCUAACUUAACAUUGAGGUGAAAUAAUAAACAUGUGACGCUGUGAAUUGAUUCUUGGUAACAUGUCCUCCCUUGCUGUGAUCCCAGCAUCUUCUAAGAGGGUUAAAAGCCUUCGGAUCCGAACUGGAAGAUCAGGAUCAGGUCGUUUUGAACACAAUGAUGAUACGAUUCCAAUUGAUUUAUCCCGAGAUCCCAAUGAGAUACUGAAGGAAAUUCUAAUCAACGUCUCGGCCAAGCAGAGAGUUUCAACGGAACGAAAACUUGGCCAUCUCAAUAACUUAGUGAAGUUAUUCUGCAGUGUACCAGAUGAUGAUGUCAUCACAAUUCCUAUGGAAGUUAUUAUGACAUGUUUGAAACCGACACUGGUGUCCGAAGUAAAAGAAGUCCGAGCUGCAGGUGUUCGAGCUUACAGAUAUCUUAUCAAUGAUGAACCGAGCAAAAGGAUUUUUAUGGAUCUCAAACUAGACUACCUCAUUACUAAAUGUCUUGACAUCAGUCAUUUCAACGAAGUGGAGCGAAUCCAAGCGAUCCGAUUGGUUCGUAAAAUUGCACAUAUUAAACAACGGACCAAUGAGACGAUAAUCCCACUUUCCCUCGCUUCGUGUAUCGUUUCUGUGUCACUAGGUGGAGCUGAAGAGCGAGACCGAGUUUAUCGUACUUGCCUCGCUGUGCUGUGCGAACUUGCGUUGCUCCAGCCCUGGUUAGUGGUGCGUUGUAAUGGGAUUCUUGCAUUGAUCAACGCUGUGUUGGAAUGCCAUAUGUACCAGAGGAUAAACGAAUGUUUGUGCAUGUCGCUCAUGCAUAUUAUCAACCACCCAUGCAUAAGAGAAUGGCACCCCACCAUAUUAGAUGUUGGACCCACCCUUGCCCCAUACACUGAGCUUAACUAUAGAUUCCAUGCAGAUGUGGAAGAUACAAAGUUAAAAGACGAGCUAGAAAUGCGAUUCGCUGCAAGCAAAAUGGCGAUCGUAUCGUUGCUACGAACGUGGGACGGACUUUUCCACAUCGUGAAAUCAAGGGAUAUGAUUGGUUCGCUCGUAAACGCAAUUCGCAUACCUUACAAUAACAUCAGAAGAGGAAUAUUCGCCGUUCUUUGUGAUUUAUUUUACUUCAAUGAACCAACAUGGACUGAAGAUUUUGAAACAGCAUUGAAAGCCGCAGCUCCUGGUAGUUUCCGUGACAACUGGCGACAUUCUGAAGGUUUUGUUGUCGCUGAAACAAAGUCACUUCUCCCCGUUCAUUCAUCCUCGCGACCGGACCUCGUAAACUCACAUCUAGCAAUCCUGCUUUCUUCUUUUGUACAGAGCGGGCUACUGCAGGCAUUAAGCAGUGUUGCCGUGUCCAGUGAUGCGCAAUCAGCGAUAUCUUCCACCAUAUUAUUAGGAUCAUUGUUGCACUUGAAUAGUCGAUUGUUACCUCAUAAAGAUGUUUCCACCAAUCAAUGGUUGCUCCCGGAUUUAUUAAAAAAUACCGGAACUAACUUGGAGGAGAAUUUAAGAAUCAACUUAGCUGUGAAAAGGUUGGGUGAAGUCCAUGCCAUGUUAACAAGCCCCCCUAAUACGUAUAGUUUAUAUCUCAACCAACUUCAAUACAAUGUCAAGCAAACUAAGAGGGAGCCAUCCUCCCAACCACGAUCCCGCACAUCCAGUGGAACAUCCUUGGACACGACUCCAACGUCCUUCUCCCUCAUCCGGAGAAAUAGAUCUUUGAACAUCAUCCGUGAUCAUUCGGAGGAACUGACUCUUCUUGCUCUUAAAAACACAAAAGUGUUAACAACUAAAGAAAAAGAAGACUGGGAUUGGGGAUCUCUAUGUUCCCUUCUCUUAUCUCCACCAUCCAUCAUCUUCCUGCAAAACCUAGGAGUAGAUGAAACCGUCCGAAGAUUCUUCAGGAGGUUGAUCUACUUCUAUCUUCCGUCGAGUAAAUUGUUCUCGGCGAUCGACCUCGCUCAAGAUGGUGGGCACGACCAUAACAGAAUAUACGUGGUCACAGCGUGUCACAUGGUUCAAUUCCUUUCCAACUCCGACCAGGAGGGUCAACGAUUGUUGCGCAAUCUAGUAGAGGAUAUUCUCGCAUUCUUACCAAAGACAAACACAGAAACUGGAGGUUACAGCAGGUCAAAUGGGUCACUUGGUGUCACAUGUGCACGCGACUAUUACCUCAUAUUGGGUUCAUUGUCAGGUCAUCGACACGGCGACAAUAUAUUACAACAAUGCAAAGUUUAUAAAUAUUACCUGGACCUAGCAAGUGAGACCACCCAUGAGAGUUUGAUCAAACUAAUGAUAUCCGGGCUUCGUUACAACCAAAACAACAACGCACGAGCAGUGCUAAGUAAAGUUCUUAAAACCUGUAACGAGGCAUCCCGAUUAUAUGCUACCGGCUUUCUCAGAGUUUUACUUCGAACAAAUUGCCCCGGGUUCCACCACUGGGGGUCAGAGUUGCUUACCACCCAACUAUUCGACCGUAGUAACGAGGUAACAGCGGAAGCGAUCGACAUACUCCACGAGGCGUGUUAUGAUAAGCAAUACCUACGAGCAGUGGUCCGUUUACGUCCGACACUCCUUCAUCUUGGUGAUCGUGGUUCGCUGCUCGUGUGUCGAUUCAUCUCAGAUCCUAAAGGAUUCGAAUAUCUUUCGCAGAACCAUUACCUUACUAGGGAGCUUGGGAGGUGGCGAAGUCAGUACAACGAGAAAUAUGUUCUCUAUGUUGAAGAAUUGCUGAAACUAUCGCUGACGAGUUUCGAACGACCAAAUAAGGAAGAUGGGUUUGUACGAAGAAGCGGUAACAGGAAAUAUCGUCAAUCUGUGUUUCUACCCGCCCAUUUAUACGGGGAGUUAUGUAAGCACGAGAAGGGGGCAAAGUUACUAGAGCGUGAAGGGGCGUGCAAGGAUCUUACUGAAACGCUGAGUCAGCAAAUUAAACUGCUUGGUCAUACCCAUGACUCGUCAAAAUCACCGGAAACUGAGAUGAAUGGAUGUGAGAAUAAGUUGGCUGGUGAAGAUGGGCAAAUGUUGAAGCUGAAAAGUUGUUUGUGGGCUUUGGCGCAUAUUGGUUCUACUGUGUGGGGGCUUGCAUUGUUACGAUCCAGUGGUGCGUUGCCCAUCAUAUCAAAGUUAGCGUCUGAAACUGACAAGCCAUCAAUCAAAGGAACUUGCGUUUACUGUUUGAGUGCCGUCGCCCAAACUAUACCUGGUGUAGAGGAGCUUAGAUGUCUUGGUUGGGAGAGCGUACUAACAAUGGUGAACACCCUUGAUGACCAAAGGGAAAUCCCCGACACCCCCAUUGUACCCGUAGUCACCCCACAUUUGAAACGAAACCUGUCAAUCAAAAAAUCCACUUCAAGAGUUUCACAACGAUCCAAUGCUAGUAGUAACUCCAAGUCGAGCAGAUUCAGCCCCGAUGGAAGCAUCAGUAACUUAAGCUUGACGACCUCUGACCUUUCACCUUCUUCCUCAGCCAAUGAGGAGAUCUUAAAACCGUGGUCACUCAGUCGGAACGAGUCAUUGAAAAAAAAAUCAAAGAAGAAGCCCUCCUCCCAAGAUGAUUAUAUUUUCAUCACGACUCAAACCUCGGCAAGCGAUUCAAUCGCUAGUUCAGAACAAAGUGUUUCUGAGACUGGAGGUUCUAUGACAUCACCAUUGAGCAGUAAAACACCAAGUCCAUCCAAUGACAUCACCAUGACAUCAUACGACUCAUCAUUUUCCUCGCUGAAGAAAUCUGAUUGGAAGAAACACGGAGCUCCCGUUGCCGUGGGUAACGGACCAAAACCGAGGAUGCGUGACCGAUUUCUUGAAUUCUUUACAAAGAAAAGUCGAAGCAAAUCCCUCGCUUACGGAUCAUUGUUUGGUAUGAACCAUAAGCAUCAUGACGACUCAUCUUCUGGUUAUGUGUCGGAUCACAUAGCAACCAACGAUCACCUAGCAACAGGAGAUAACCAUGACAACGACGACGUUGUAAAGGACCAUCCACCGUUAGCGCUAGGGAGCAGCGACCGCGCGAUUGGUCGAUUACACAGCUCCACUACGCUUACUUCAUCUUCUAAUGUUUCCAUUGAAACGGUGAAAACUUCGGAAAUCCGCAGUGAUGACCAACAUAAAAACGGCUCCAGGACAUCCUUAUGGAACACUAAUAAUUCAGGGCAAACUGGGUCAGCACUGGGGGAGCAAGAAAAGAUGGUUUAUGACGAAAAAACAAUCGAUAAAUUUGAUUCGCAACGCAGCAGGUCGUUGCCUGAUAUGUUGGAGUUAUCUAAACCAACACUAGAGGCGCCAAGGACGUUAAAUCUUGUUCGAAAACCGAAAUUAAACGGAGAAAUCCCUCAAGGUGUUGUGGCACCUGUACAGCCCCCUCAAGUCUUAGUUCACGCAGAUACAUUGGAAUUAAAGUCACCCACUGCUUGCAUGCCUCAGUAUGUUAAAGUGGAAACCAAAACCUGCAAUGUGGUGGAGAAUAAAACAAACUUGCUCACCAGUGAUGCGAGUGAGAAAAGUGAGUUCGCUUUCAGCAGGUUACGUGGCAACACUCAGAUAUCGCAAGAUUCCGGAAUCGUUGAUUCAACUUCCCCAUCGAGGAAUCUGGAGCGUUGUGAUGUCAUAGUAGUGGAUAGUGAUGAAACAAUGAGUGAAUUAGAACCAGGAUGGAAGUUAACAAAACCAAAAGGUAUCACAGCCGCCCGUGCUUUACGAAAUAGAACCGACAGUCUUACCAGACCCGAGAUGGAGGUUCUACCACACGAAGAUAAAAUAUCAAUUCUACAUCAGACUCGUUACGUUGGCAUUGUUGUACCAAGUGACUUUAAUAAGUUUAUGAAGAGAGUUGAUUUGGACAAAGAAGAAUCAAAGGAAACAAAACCUUCAUUGGUUGCAUUAUAUGAAGAUAUGAUGGAUAAGGAUCAAGACCCUGGGGAAACCCCUACGAAGCCCACCCGGUCAUAAAUUUCGGGGUUUAGGUGGUUAUGGUUCAGCGCACACAGCGCUUAUGAUGAAACAAACAAAGUCAGUUCGUAGCAACCAAUCAGAAGCCUCGUUUGCUCGAACACCAGACAGCCUUCUCAGCGAAUCAAGUGAUCUGUGUUAUAUUGGAGGACAAGCAGUAGAUCCUGACAGCGAAGAAUUUGUUCAACUUUUCCACGAAGAGAUCAUUCAACUUGUGACUAACCUUGGAAGUUCUGUUGGGAUAAAAGCUCAUGAGACUGCACUACUACUAAUGAAAGAGAAAAGAUUUGAAGUUUUUGACUCCCUGUCAUUAUACAACCACGUGGUGGGGCUAAUGAGCGAAUACAGCUUCAGGUUAAGCACGCGACGAUUCGUUCAGGAAUUAUUUCAAGAUGUUCCUUUUACUGAGGUUUAUGAAGAUGCCAAAAAUGCUUUGAAAUCCAUUCAGUGAAAUCUCCCUCUCACUUUUCCUCUUUCUUUUCUCUUCUAUUCUCUUUUUCUCCGAGGAACUCCAACUGUUAGAUGCAGUACGCUGGCGUGUCGUCCAUUUGUGAAAGAAGCGUCAACAAUCUUAUUUAUUACGUCACAGUGCAAUGUAUUGUUGAAUCGUGCUACGUCAUUACAUGCCCUUAUAAUAGAGCCAUGUACACUCAAAAUAAUAAACGUUUUAUUAAAGAUCAAA